AUGACAGCUGUUGAAUUCAAGGAGUUUUGGAAUGCAACAUCUACCGUACAUGUUGCAACGCUGGAACUAGCACUAGACCAUCCGAAGGAGGUUGCAUUGGCAGGAAUAACGCCUGUGUCAGGUGGAAAAGACACGAGACCAUUGACGGCGUCCACACUCAGCAAAUUGAAGCUGGUUGUGAGGGUCAAAGAGAUUGAAGUCAUUGCCGACCCGGUGGCGGUUGUGGUAGAUGUACUCGAGGAAGAAGAGGUACUCGAGGAAGAAGAGGUACUCGAGGAAGAAGAGCUAGUCUCCUCAUCAGGGCUAUCGUCUGUCUCGGAGAUGCUAUCUGGCGAGGGAAACAAGGCCGGCGUCAACCAGGCCGGUACAGCUCCUAGUGGGACAACCAUGGUGCCUGCCGAGUCUACCAGAACUGGAGUUGCGACGCCACCAAUCAUCAGGGCAAGAGUCAGCAGCGUGCCUGCAGCUAUAGAGGGCAGGUGA